AUGGCUUCCCGCCUCCCAUAUCGUCGGCCGGCGUCAUUCCGGCGCUUUGCGUCAAUACCCCGAAAUGAUGGCCUCUUUGUUGUUAUUCUCGGACUCUUCUUCUUUGUAGCAAACGCCACCGGCCAACAAGAUCCAAUCAACAACUUUUGCCGGCGUUUUGGACACCAGUCGGCCGUCGUCGACCGGCGCCUCUACAUUGAUGGCGGGCUCGUCAACUGGAACCCCAUCUCCACGUACCCGGGCAACUACUCCAACACGUGGCUGCUCUACCAGGACCUCGCCCGCGACGUCGCCGACGUGGGCAUGCCGCCGCUGUACGCGAAUUUGUCCAAAAACAGCAGCAUCCCGGACGUCAGUGGCGGCUCCCUGUGGGGCGACGAGGUCAACAAGUACCUGUACCUGUUUGGCGGCGAGUACUACCAGCAGCCGCCGCCGACGCGGUUUCUGCUGUACGCCUACGACAUUCUCAACAACUUUUGGGUCUCGCUGGGCCCGCCGCAGCCGGCGAGCAUUUCCCCCGUGUCCUAUGGCGCGGGCGCGGCCGUCUCGGAGCGCGGCGAGGGGUACUACUACGGCGGCUGGCUGUCCAACAACUCGGUCAGCGGCUGGGGCGCCGACAGCCCGCCCGUGGCGACGACGGGGCUCGUCAAGUACGACAUGGACACCAACAGCUGGACCAACAACACGGGGCCCGACGGCGUGCGGCGUGCCGAGGGCGCCCUGGUAUUCAUCCCCGCGGGCGACGGCGGCAUGCUCGUGUAUCUGGGCGGCAUCACCGACCUGUACGGCAACGGCACCGUGACGGGCCAGGGCCUCGACACAAUCUAUCUGUACGAUGUCCUGAGCUCCAAAUGGUACGCGCAGCACGCGUCGGGCACCAUCCCGGGCGAUCGCCGUCGGUUUUGUGCUGGCGUCACCUGGGCCGCCGACCAGUCGAGCUACAACAUAUACCUCUAUGGCGGCGCGUCCAUGCCGCCCGACACCGCCGGCUACGACGACAUGUACGUCUUGUCCCUCCCGACCUUCACAUGGAUCAAGCUGUACCCGACCGACGGCAACGUCACCGGCCAGUACCCUCACCACAGCCUCACCUGCAACGUGGUCUCGGGCGCGCAGAUGCUCAUCAUCGGCGGCACGUUCCCCCUGUCCGACGACUGCGACGUGCCGCAGCAGUGGGGCACGCACAACGCCGACCUCACCAUGGGCUUUGCCGCCAACAAGGCGCUGUGGCAGCUGUACGCGCCCAACGAGACGACGUACUUGGUGCCCGACGCGAUUGUGAGCGCCAUUGGCGGCGGGCCGUCGGGCGGCGCGACCAAGACGGCGCCGGCGGCCGGGUGGGACAGCCCGGACCUGAAGGUGCUGAUGACGCGGACGGCGUCAAUUGCCGCACGGACGCCGACGCGCAAUGUCGGGAGCAACGGCGGUAGCGGAAACGACAACAACAACAACAACAACUCUGGUGGAAGUCAUUUGGCCACGGGCGCCAUUGCGGGCAUCGCCGUCGGCGGGGCGGUUGCUGUCAUUCUGUUUGUCGCCGGCUGCUGGACCUGUCUGCGGCGGUACCGCGAACGGCGUCUCGGUGGUCAGGCAGGAGGCGGCGGCGGUGGCGGCGGCAACAGCCGCCCAAGGACGGAGGGGGAGGGUUGGUUGGGACGCCGUCGCCGCUACCGCCGCCCUUUCAACGGCCCGCCAGGUUUCCCGGUCCACGACCCCUAUUAUGGCGUGGCCGGCGCGCCUGGAACGGCCAUGAUGAUGAUGCACCCGCCGGUCCACCACGGCCGCUACACCGAUGCACCCACGCCACCCGGCGGCUGGUCUCCACAGCACGGCUCGCCGUACUCGCCAUACCCGCCGACCAGCCCAUAUGCCGUUGCGUACGCACAGCCGCCGAUUGAGCUUGCCGCAUCCAGCGGCAGUGGGUACAUGCACUUGACGCCCGUGGGGUCUGCACUGGACUCGGGGUCGAACACGGGUACAGGUGGAACCGGGUCGGGUUCAGGGACUGGAACGGGGAUGGGCACGGGUACAGGAAGCAGCGGUACUUACAAUGCCAGCCAACCGCAGGCGGUCGGCAAAUCACCCAGCGAUCACGGCAGCGGGCGUGGAGUGUGGACCGCGCAGGUCAGCGAGGUACAGACCCCGCCGCCACGGAGCAGCGUGGGCACCAAAGCUAGCGUAGGAGAACAAGGAUCACCGCGCCUCGGAGACCGCCGACACCGGGCCACAGGCAGUGAUGGCAGCUCGCCGCUAGCACGGGCACAAGAGCUGAGCGCCGAGGUGUUUAGCGUACAAGACCGGCCGCAAGGUUCAGGCCAGGUGCAUAAUACAUACUACCACAAGUAG